CGCCACCUGCUGCACAGUAUGGCACAAAAAGCGCUCGUUUCCGAGAAGGAACUGUGAGACAGGACGCACCGUACAUCCGCUGAGAUUUUGCUCUUAGUUUAUUGUUUAUUUGUACUUGCUGUAAACAAAAGACCGCCACUACGUCAAGGACUCAAGGCGUCGAGGCUGUAGGCUGGGUGCACGGCCGUACUUGCGCAUCAGCGCGGACCUGUGCGUGGUUGUUUUGAAACAGCUGAUUAAAGCAGCGACAUGCUGAUACACCGCAGAUGUGCCGCGACUGACGUGACUGCGUGCCUGACCUAGUUUGCAACAGUGCUCACAGUCUGGAGUGCAAGAGAAAGGUGUUUCUAAUGGGCCUUGGCUACAGGAGCUGCUGAAGUUUCCAUGUGGAUUACACGCGGUCGAUAGAUCGCUUGCAUCGGGGGAAAAAAAAGAGAGAGAGAGACGACGAUGGAGCUGCCAUAAAUGCGCACGGUUGGCCGCAGUUUCAGUAUAAGCAUUUUGGUUCUUUUGCCUCCUGGGGUACUUACCAGUGCGCAUCGUAGACUGUUGCCGCGUGUUCCUAAAAUGGAGCGUUGAGAGCUCAAUGAACAUGGGAUUAAGCUAGCCAGACGUCGUCUGCUCGCGCAUAUGGAGUCGUACCGACGGAAGCGGAGAGACGCUUUCCGAUUGCUAUCAGCGGGGCGCCUUGUGGGCCGCCGUUGGCGUCUAUUCCAGAGAACCCCACAGCAAGAAGGUGAUCUGGUGCUGACAUUCUCAGCUAAUACAGAUGCUUCAGUGGUGUCAUGGUUCCAGGAACGGCUGCACAGAAAGGUUCCGCAGCUCUCUGUCCAGCUCUGUCGCCACCCACAAAUGGGUCAAGCUGCACUCUACUGCAGUCCUGCUACUGAGCACCUGCUCCUAUGUGGGGCCGAGGAGUUGCGGCUCCGCAAGCGCUUGCGCCCAGAGUGGGGUGGGGGCCACCGGGAGUUCACUCGCGCCGAACAAGACUGCUUUGAAGGGAGCGGCCAGCUUAGCGGCCAGGAACGGCAACGGGUGAUGCUGCACUGGCUGCGGGAGGCACUGCGUGCGUCUGGGCCAGGAGACCAUCCGGGCCCACCAUCAGGUCAUCGCACACCUUGCCUCGAGGGCCAGUGUCUCGUGGAGUGGUGCCUUGCAGAAGGCCUGCUCUGUCAGCUGGUGGCCCUACACUCUCCCAAGGAGUUAGACUGGCUCAAGAAACACUGGGUGCUGGCUUUCUUUCGUGAGCAGCCACUAGAACGUGUGCGGAACUACUUUGGUGCCAAGGUGGCCAUGUACUUUGCCUGGCUGGGCCACUACACCUGGUCUCUGGCUGUGCCAGCCAUUGUUGGUCUGCUUGUUGGCCUUUCCUGUGGUUCUCAUGAAGAACAGGUGCAGGAGGAUGCAUGCUUGGUAGGCUUUGCCCUGCUCAACAUGCUUUGGGCGACCAUCUACCUCGAGCUGUGGAAACGCUACUCUUCCGAGCUUUCCUACCAGUGGGGCACUCUGGACGAGCAGAAUGAGCUGCUUGUAGAACCCAGGCCUCAAUUCAGGGGUGAGCCCAGCCGGAGUCCUGUGACGGGGCGCUUAGAGCCCAACUAUCCUGGCUGGAAGAGGCACCUGUUCCGAUAUCUUGUGACAUUGCCAGUGGUGGCUUCCUGCCUUCUGAUUGUAGUGCUGGCCGUCUUCCUCAUCUUUCAGCUCCAGCACUGGUGGGACGAGUGGCGUGUGCAGAGGCACUUUCUGGGCAACUUUUCUUUCUUGCCUAAGAUACUGCUGGCUGUGGUGAUCCACGUUCUAGACACCGUCUACUAUCGCAUUGCUCUCUGGCUUAACGACAUGGAGAACUACAGACUGGAUCAGGACUACGAGGAUCAGCUGAUUAUAAAGAUUGCAGUGUUCCAGUUUGUCAACUCGUUCCUGUCACUCUUCUACAUUGCCUUCUACCUCCAAGACAUGGAGCAGCUUCGAGAGCAACUUGCAACACUUUUGAUCACACGUCAAGUCCUCGGAAAUAUCAAGGAGAGUGUCAUACCAUUCUUGGUAGAGAGGCUGCACUUGGCUUGCCUUGAAUUGAGCAGCAGUGAAGAAUCUCCGUCAAGUGCGACACCUGAGGAAAGUCCAGGUACCAGCAGUGCAUCAACACCCAAGCUAAGCCAGGGCGAAAUGGAAUGUGCUAUGUUCAAGUACGAAGGCACCUUUGAGGACUACCUGGAGAUGUUCAUCCAAUUUGGCCAUGUCACCCUCUUCUCUUCUGCCUUUCCGUGGGCUGCCCUGUGCGCCUUGCUCAACAACCUAGUUGAAGUGCGCAGCGAUGCCUUCAAGCUGUGCUUUGUCUUCCAGCGCCCCUUUGCUCAGCAGGCCAACAGCAUUGGUACUUGGCAGGUGGCCAUGGAGGUCAUGGGCAUGCUGGCAGUGGUAGUGAACUGUGCACUGAUGGGCACCCUUGGUCAGGUGCAGCGGCUCUGGCCUUCGCUCACUCCCCUUGAGGUGCUGCUUGGUCUGGUGGUGCUAGAGCAUGUGGUCCUCUGCAUCAAGUUUGCCAUUGCUUACGCCAUCCCUGACGUUCCUGAGUGGGUUGCUACAGAGAUGGCCAAGACAGAAUUUCGCCGAAGAGAAGCUGCCAAGGAUGCCAAGCUGACCACGGCUACCAGGGGCACCUGCACUUCUGAAGAUUUCCUCAGCCCCGAACAUCGCUGCCUGUUGGACCCGCUAAGCACUAGCGAGCUAGAUGCAGCCAGCCAGCCAGGUUCCCUGCCCAGUUGGGUUGGACGUCUUCUGCGGAUGCCUGUCGCUAAACCGCGACAAAGGCGACGUACUAUGCCCACAUCCCAGCAGUAACAGCUUGAAGAGUUCCCUCUAUGGCUGAUACCACAAAGCACUACUGGUGCUAGGCAAUACCUUUUCUUUUAAAAAUGGGGGAUUGAACAGGGUGCGAACUGCUCCUUGUGCGAAGUGAUUUUUUGGCUAGAUGUUUGCCUGCAAAAUAAAAUGACUGUUUAGCAGCAGUGAUGCCGACAAGUAUGCACAGCAGUUGUGUAAUCAAAAGCCAUUGGUUACAAUCAGCCCAACUUACUCGCCAUGUGAAAAGUGUCAUCGCACAUUCAGGGUGAUCCGGUAGUUUGUGUGAAGGUUUCAGAAAGUGGUGUAUGAAUAUCGCAAUGAAAGAACAACAACCUGAUAGUACUACAAAUGUGGCUUGAGGUGGAACAAAAAUGUGAUACCAUCACUCAUGUAUGAUAAAACAGGAGCUGGAUGCUGGCACUUCUUGCUCAAGUGUACUUUCUCCUAAGGUUGUGUAAUGUGAGUACACAGUAGGCUGCAGCAGCUCACCGCAAAGCAAAGUGUGCAGGCUGUUGCAAUACGAGUUUGUGGCAGAUCACCAUGAAAGCCAGGGCAGUGAUUUUGGUGGCUUAAUUACAUUAAUGUGUAACAGUUAAACUGUAAAGCCUCAUUGUACUGUGGGUUUUGGUGCCACUUAGUACUCGAUUUCAGUGAGUCAGAACAGCUGUAUAAUGCUUGCAGGCAUUUGUCACCAGAUUGCAGCACCAACACAAGAUUACAAGGUUUGAGCCAACACAUGAUGCAUCACAUCUGGCAUUUCAGCACAGAUGAUGGUGGGAUAGUUCUAUCAUUGAGCCAGUGUACAACAAGCAUACCAAAUCUGUCGGCUAUUCGCAGCGCCACGCUAUCGCCAAUGACAUUCAUCUCUGAUAGAUGUAGCUUAUCUGCCUUCAGUUGCUGGCACUAAACAUUGUGGAGCACUUUGAUGUAACUUGAGCUUGUUCGCUCUGAUUCCUGACUGUGCCAGCAUCACUUAAAUAUGAGCAAAAUCCAUAAAGUGCUAUUUACCAAAUAUCUGAGUGGAGCUUUAAGAACUCCAAAGGUUCCUGAAUUAGCACUGAAUACAAGGACUGUGACCCACAUCUGUAGUGCGUGGUAGUGGGGUACCAUGGCACAUGUUUCACCAUGAUUAGUGCAAACACAAUCAGAUGAAGGGCGUGACAGAAGUAUUGGUUGCAGGAAAAUUGCCUUUGUUUGGAAACAUUAGCUUUUUAUCAGUGUUCUGCGACUUGAAGUUGUGUUGGCCAUUACUGGCUAUUGCUCAGUGCACUGAAUUUUUAGGUGGGCAAUAGCUUCAACAACUACUGAAGUGUGUUUUGCAACACUGCUCUAGGCUUUAUUUUGAUUUUUUCAGCUUGCAUGCUUUGGUGUGUAUGCUUUGGGAUGCUUUUGUAUGUGUCAUAUUCAGUCAAGCAAUAUCACAAAAAACCUGGCCUAGCACUGCACCAGGAUAUCGGCACAGUUUGCUAUUGUUGAUGGCAUUAGCUCAGCCAUUUGUUGACUGUGAUAAGGCUGCAAACAUCACCUUUUGCUUCAGUGUAAAGCCAAACUGUCUUUGCAGCACUUUUACUGUAGUACUGCCAGCGAAAUAAUGUGGUGCAGCAUCUUACCUGUGACAGUUUCAUGAUUCAGUUCACUUAUACUGACUGACAACGAAGCAGGCUCCUGGCACAAAGUGCUGUUGCAUGCCCCCUUUUUUCCUCCUUUUUUGUUGUCUUUUUUUUUGCAAACUUGAAGACUACACACACUAGAAGGCUACUGUUGAAAUGAAUGCCUAAUUAACCCUGACCUCCGACAUGUCAUCCUGUCAAGCUUACUGUGUUGUAAUGACAGCUUGAUAGCAUUUUGAUGAUACAGAAGUUCUUAUGUGAAGUGCUUCUGUAUCAAAUGCAUAAAUGCGCUGAGAUUUCAGGAUGCAAAAGUCUGAAAUAAAUGAGGGUUCAAAGUAUGGGCAACAGAUGCAGGCAUCAACUGUCAUCUUUGAAGUUUAUUGGUAAUCUUUCUUCAAGGAGCAGUUGCUUUCACACAGUUGCAAAACGAGAUCAGUGAAGUGCCAGAACAUGCGUGGGCUUUGCUAGUAUCAAUGCAUUACAUUCAGCCUGCAGUCUUGUUUUCCAACUGUGCCACAGUGAGUGCUCUUUGAAAGAAGUGUUCAAUAAACUUUGCAGUUGAAAACUGUUGCCUGUGCCAUUUGCUUGUUUUCUGCACAUACAUUUUGUGAGGCAUUAAGGUGAACACUCUGUGCUCUCUAAGAGGUUAAAAGUCUGGAUAUGCUCAUGUACAUGUGCUCAUGAAGUGGCCAUGAGAUAAUGAAGCAACCUUCCUGAUGGAGAAGAAAGUUGUGCAUGCUCUAUGAGCACAAAAACCGGCUGUGUAAGCCUUCUAAACAUGACAAGACAGAUGCCUCAGCAUUGUCUGAUGGCUUGCAGUUUACCUUCUAUGAAAUGCGCAGAUGGUUCAGAAGUUCACUGUUACACCCAUGGCCAGCAGUGCAAAAAGUUUUUUCAAACACUUCUUGCUGUGCUUUCAAGACUGCCAUGUCAGACUUCGACAAGAGUUGUGCCAUUUCUGUAUGCUGCAGUGUUGCAGCUAAAGUAAGAAAGCAAUGUGUCGCCAUUGCUAUUGUAAGUCUUUCAAUCUUUCUACAGUCAGUCACGAUACAGGAUGGCAUUGAACAAGACUGUGAACGCUCCAGGGUGUACAACUGAAGCUUGCAUGUGCUUAAGGUGCCUGAUGUUACUGUGGCACUGCAGAAGUUUGUAUUUUCUCUCUGAACUCUUGCGACACUGAUAGAACCAUAUCACUUGUGCUUGUUCCCGGUGCUGUCUUCCUCUUACUGCUAAGCUUUCACUCUUGUCUUUGAUGUUUGUGGGUAAUAUAGCCAUUAGUAAUCAGUAAAAACAGGGUGAUCUUUUCCAGGGUGAAUGUGUUGUCAAGUGGCAUGAUACACCACGAAGAAUUCCAGAACAUGGUCUGUUAUGAGCUGUUCCAAAAUCUACAAACAACACACACCAUCCUGUGACGUCAGAGUUGCAGCAUGUUGUUUGAAAAAAAGUAGAUGACACUGAAGCCUGGAAUCUUCUCUUCUUCUUCAAAAAAAAGUACAGAUUCCUGCAUGCUUCCCUAAUCACAUGGAUGUUUCAUCCACUGAGGCAUUUUAUCAUGGCUAAUAUUUUACAGAUAAAGUAUUUAUUCAUUAAAAAUGUUAUUGAGACUUCGACCUGAUCUGCAGGGUAAAAAGACGGUUAGAGGUGGGCUUAAACAUUUUAUUGAGCUCUCGUGUGUUGGCCUAGUUGUUUUGCAUAUAUUUGUGAAGAUCUCUGCCAUACUAAAAGUGACUAAUUAUCUAACAUAACUGCUCGUUAUUUCUGACUAGCUUGCAUAAUAUACAAGCUCAAACAAUGUACUUGAACAGUUGAAACUGCACAGCUCAUGUGGGCAUUAUGUGCAUUCACAUUCGUGUAAUGCCUAAUUUUGCUGGAUCAAUAUUUACCCCUUGAUGUACUCAAAACUUUGUACUUAUGCUUACAUGAUAUUACAGCAAAAAGCACAAGCACACGCUUACCUGCCUUGGGUUGUUGUUUUUGUUUCUUUUGCAGUAUAACUAAAAAUAAGAAAGGCCUUGAUUAUAUAUUCUGGCUUAAAUAGCCAUACCAGGUUUAAAGUGUGGUAUAUACUAUGAAACCUACAACUUACAACUAUGGCUGUUUGUGUCACUCCAGAAUCAUAAGAUUGUCAGCUGAAUGGCCAUUUCAUCACUUCUUGCUCAAACUUGUCACAAUGUGAGGCAUCACUGGAAAGUCAUAAAGGUCAGCUGGAGACAAACAUAUACAUGAACGACCAGAGGCUGUCACAUCUAUAGUUCAGUCUAGACCUUACCUCUGGUUCAUCCAACUGCUUGAAAUUUGUGCUACAUGCAUUCCUUAUCCUGAACACAUGAUCUGGUCUGUUUUCUGUCAUGUUUAUCUCAUCCUUCAGUCAUCCUCACUUUUGGGCUGUGCAGCUCUCUGCACGAUAGUAUAAUAGACUGUCAGAUGAGCACUUGUCAGGUUGCUUACAUUACUUUGGUACCUGGUUGAGAUAGUUGUACCACUUUUUAUUUUCCUCUUAUCGCACGAACAUGUGCUGGUUUGUUUUGUUCUGCAAUCAUUUAGCUCACUCACACUUCACUAAACUGAAUACAUUAUGUUCCUUGAAAGUAAUAUGGGCUGGUGUAAUGAAACAAUUCUGUUCAACCAAUUCUAUCUUAUUCUUAACAUUUGUUGCUCCGGAUGGCAGCCAUUUGCAGUGAUAUUGCAAGUAAGGUGCAGCUUGGCCGAUGAAGAAGCACGCAAAGGAGUUGAAAUAGAAUUGGUUACUUAAGAACUGAAAGUUGGGCUAGUUGGUGUUCAUUCAUUAUUAACUGCAGCACAACCUGAAAACAAUGGCCAGAAAGAAAGUCAACACGCAGAGUGCUCUGUGUUUUAACCUUGUGUCUCUCUGUUGUCUUCUUUGUCGUGCUGCAAUUAAUAAUGAAAUAGAAUUGUUACAUCAUUUCAGCAAUGGAUUAUCAUGACCCUGUGCCUUCAUUCUUAGGUAAUUUCAGAGUUAUCUUUUGGUUUGACUAACCUGGCUGUGUUCUCGUUGCAAGGUAUAUUUCCUAUCCAUGUGUUCAUUCCCUUCUUGGGAUUUUUAAAUAAUGUACCUGCUCAUUUAUGUCUACUGAUGACACUCUUGCCACAAUGUAUUGUUUUGGGGUGUGACUGCAACUUAACUUUUUUGGGCUGGUUUGAGAGACAAAAAUGUUUUGGGUCGGUUUAGUCUGGAGCAGGAGGCUUUCUUUCAUUGUUAUUGACUUUUGAAUUUCCUCUUGCUAGCCACUGAUGGUGAUUAUGGCGCAUAUGUUUGUUGUGUUGCAUUGUUAUGCUAUGUGCUCUUAGCCUUCCCUCUCCACUGGAAACAAUUAAAGUGACAAAUUUACCUUCCA